AUGCGUAGAUACAUCACCAGUAAUACCACACAAGUAUUUACCAACUCUCUCCUCUCAAAAACGUGCGCUCAAAGACACUAUUCCCAAUCAUCGAAUUCGGAGAAGGCACCACUACCACCUAAUUUUGAGUCAGCAAUCAUUAAUGACAAUACUAAAGUCAAUAUUGAAUCUCAGAUAAAUUCCGAAAUAUUAACUGAGAGGAAGUAUCAUGUUAUUCCAUCCAUCUUUGAACAAUAUGGAACACCUCGUCCUCCAACUUUUUCACUCAUUCAUCAAUAUAACUCGGAUUCUAAACAUUUGGACUUUUCUACAACAUCAGAAGUAACAGCAAGUUUGCCAAACAUUGAAAAAACCUACCCGGAUUCUCAUCUCAUAGAAUAUUACUCGAAACAUAAUGCACAACUGAAAUCUGUUCAAUUGAAAGAUAAUGUUGUUGACAGUCAACCAUAUUACAGAUUAUCUGCAUUUAAUUAUGGAUCUGUAAGAUACAGUUUAUUAAGAUCAGGAUUUAAACGUGUUGGAAAGGAUGUUCCAGUUGUUGAAAGAGGAUAUUUAAAACUUUCAGAACAAGAUCAAGAAAAGAGAUUUGAAAGUUUUGUUAACGAACCAUUUUCAAUUUACUGGGGUAGACACUUACCAGCUCAUUUCUAUCAGCAUUUAAAUCAUUUCCAAAGAGUGAACCACUUUCCUGGAUCAACUAAUUUGGGUAGAAAGGAUCUAUUGUUUAUCAAUUUAUUCAGACAAAAACAAUUGUCAGGUGAUUCAGAAUAUGGUUUCUUUCCUGACAGCUUUUUACUUCCUUAUGAUUAUAAGGUUUUUCAACAAAGAUGUAAAGAGCAGGAUUUAUUUAUCCUUAAACCUUUUGCAAGCAGUUGUGGUCGUGGUAUAAGUGUGUAUAAUACCAAGAAACAUGCACCACUCCCAGAAGAUAAACGUAUACUCGUACAGGAAUACAUCGCUAACCCUCUACUGAUAGCAGGAAAGAAAUUUGAUAUGAGAUUAUAUGUUUUAGUUUCAUCAUAUGAUCCGCUUCGUGUAUAUCUUCAUUGUGAUGGUUUGGCACGUUUUGCCACUGAGGAAUAUGACAUGUCAAGACUAGAUUCUGUUUUUUCCCAUCUCACUAACUAUUCCAUCAAUAAGAAAUCAGAUAAUUUCGUAAGAAAUGAUGAAGAAUGUGAGGAUGAGGAAGAUGGUUGGAAUGAACAUGCUCACAAGUGGAGUAUUCCAUCUUUAAAAACCUAUUUGGCUCGUAAUGGAUAUCCAGUUGAUAAAAUUUGGGGUGAUAUUGAAGGUCUCAUUGUAAAGACAUUAAUUUCUGUUGAGAAUAGAAUUCGUGGCACAUGUGAAAAGGUUCAAAUGCCAUCAAAGAACAAUUGUUUCGAGAUUUAUGGAUUUGAUGUUAUGUUAGAUGGAGAUCUUAAACCAUGGCUUAUUGAAGUUAACAUUAUGCCAUCACUUGCUGUUUCUUCAGUAUUGGAUAAGAGAGUCAAAGUAGAUGUUUUAAGCGAGUCGUUCCAUAUUUUAGGAAUGAUUCCUCAUUCUCGAGCCAAUUAUGAGCAAGAAAAGAAGACUAAACUGAACUAUUACGGAGAGUCUGUAAGUGCCAAAGAAAAGUACAUUCUUCAUGAUAGCGAAGAUGAACUGUCCAGAUUGCACAACUUUAAGAGAAUCUAUCCGCCUGUUGAUGGUAACCCAGCCAGAUAUGAACAUUUAUUCCAAGAACAUGUCGAAUCUAACAAGGUACUCAUAGAUUUUGAAAAGGAAAAAAGAACAACAACAAAUAUUGAAUCCCUUCACAAACUGAUUGCAUAA